AUGGCGAGGCGCGAGCUCGUGGCUCCAUGGAUGGCGCCGCAAAACAGCUCGACGGCGAGCUCCAGGGCGGCGGAUCGACGGCGGCGAGGCUUCCCCUACCUUCCUUCUUCUCUGGGUUUGGGGGGGCUGAGUGGGGUUGAAAGAGAACCGGGUCGGGUAACGGAUACAGGGGGUACCUCAACUCUCUCCAGGGAUCAUGUUCGCUUCUCAAAUUGUCUCUUUGAAUGUGGUCUCCAAGACACUGGCUUCCAAGGACAACCAUUUACUUGGCAGAGAGGUAGUAUUCGAAGGAGAUUAGACAAGUACGUUGCGAACACUUCUUGGGUUCAAAGAUUUAAUCAUGCAGUAGUAAAGCACCUUCCAAAACUGAAAUCUGAUCAUGCCCCGUUAUUACUUGAUUUGAGAUCUUCCGAAUAUCCUGGCUCCUCUACUCGCCCAUUUCGGUUUAUUGCGGCAUGGAUGACUCACAAUGAUUUUAAUAACUUGCUAAGGAGUAGUUGGGAUGUUGAUAAUCAGCUGGAGGUAAAUAUCUCCACUUUCAUGGAGGCUGCUAAAAUUUGGAAUCGAGAGGUGUUUGGUGAUCUAAUUAAAAGGAAAAAUCGGCUAUUGGCGAGAUUAAAUGGUAUUUCUGCUAAUCUCAGUUUCACGCCGAAUCCUUUUCUUGAUAAUCUUCAAAUCCAAUUGUGGAAGGAAUUGGAAACUUUGCUUAUUCAGGAAGAAGUCUACUGGAAACAAUGUUCUAGGUGCAAAUGGAUUAAUUAUGGUGAUAAGAAUACUGCUUAUUUCCAUAACACAGCAUCUGCCAAGAGGAGAAGAAAUAAAGUAACCAUGAUUAAAAAUGCAGAAGGACAGUGGAUCGAUGAUGUGCAAUAA